GUUUGCAUUAACUUGAAGGUGAGAAUCAAAAUCGUUAUUGUUCAAUAAUUGAGAUAAAUGGCUUAUCAUUGUUCCGCUCCCAAUCAACUUAAGUUUUAUCGUGUAAUUAUUGCGCCCAAUUGUCCAUAUCAUCUUUCAAAAAAAUGCCAUUUAAAUGGCAAAUAGAUUCGAGCAUAAGGCAAUCUACAAGACAGUUUUAAUUAAAUGUCGACCAUCUUAUCUAUUCAAGUAUUUUUGAUGAUAAACCCCUUUGAAAUGAUUGGCAUGAAAUCCAUUCAUGAUUCAAAAAUAUAAUCAUUUGGUAACGUUUUAAGUGAUGUGGACGUUUUUCGGUGUGCUGCUCGUCGUUUUUGGUGCUGGGUUUCCAGCCUUUCUUCCAACUGGCCUAAGGCCAAUUUUCGAUCCCAGAAUAGUUGGCGGAAAACAAAUCAACAUUACUGAAGUGCCAUAUAUGGUUGCUGUUGUUUAUUAUGGUGCUCAAUAUUGUGGUGGAUCAAUAAUAAGCGAUGUGGUUGUGAUGACGGCUGCUCAUUGCACUCCAGGAAUUACAGAGCGGCGUACCAAAAUUCGAGUUGGAACCUCAUACCGUAGCGGAGGAGGCGAACUUUUGCCUAUAAAAAAAAUUUUACCACAUGAAAAUUAUGAGCAUUACUUAGAAGGAAAUGAUAUUGCCCUAAUUUGGAUGGAAUCGCCACUCGUAUUCACGGAUACAGUUCAACCGGUCAACCUACCGGCUUUGGAUUUUAGUCUCGAUGCAGGAGUUGUAGCACGAGUUACAGGCUGGGGAUAUCUGACGACGAAUGGUCCUUCAUCCGAGCAGCUUAUGGCAGUUGAUGUUCCAAUUGUAGAUCGUGAUGUAUGCUACGAAGCUUUCCGUGCAUGGGUCAACAUGGAUAUGAUAUGCGCAGGCUUUACUGCUGGUGGCAAGGACGCUUGUCAAAUGGAUUCAGGGGGCCCUCUCGUUGUAAACGAUACUGUAAUGGGAAUUGUUUCAUGGGGUAAUGGAUGUGCCACUCCUAAUUAUUAUGGAGUCUAUACGAAUGUGGCCCAUUUCCGGGAUUGGAUUGAAGAUAAAUUGGAAAAUUCGACCUGGAUAAUUCACAACUAAAAUUACAUUGCUCGCUGUUGAGAAAAUGAGUUUUUUAAAACUACAAUAAUAAAAAGGACGAGAUAAUAUAAA